AUGGCGAAUCCUUGCCCACUAAAAUUCAGGUCAGCUGGACUCGCACUUUGGGUUCCCUUGGUCUUAUUCGUGGCAGUAGAAGGUCUCGAAGAAGGUCCAGGCACUCCUUCAGCCGCUGUGACUGUAGUGCUGGAUGAUCAACGAGAAACGAGAAGCUUUCGGGAAGACGUGUGGCUGCAUGGAGGAGACGCACUUGAUUUGAUUGAUAGGACAGGUGGUGCAGCAAUUUAUCCAACGACAUAUACCUCGCAAGCUUUUCGGUUUAUUAACGGCAAGUGUGAUACAUCCCAGCCCAUAAACUAUGUUGAAAUUUACCUAGCGACCGAUAAGAACCAUAUCUUUUGGACCAAGAAGAGUGCUUCUCCAGAUCUUAGGAAAGACAGCGGCGAUCCCCGCAAAGGGAUUCACACUCCAAUCCCCACCGUCUACAGGUUCACAAGCCCUUCGUCGGACGAGACUGCGCCAGAGUUCUGUUUCAUAUUCGUCGUUCCCUCUGCCUCCUCCCAGGUCGAGGCUAUCUCGAAUGAUCCACGUCAGACAGAUUUAGGACCUGACAGAAGCACAGCUGCACUCCGCCGUGCGCGCGCGAACGAAUCUGAGAGUCACUUGAAGACAGCACUGCAUGACCACUCUUCGCUACCGAGCAGCGGAACGACAGAGGAGCAACGGAUCCAUCACAGCAUUACCAGACAAACCAUCGAAAAGGGUAAAGAAGCACCGCAGAGGAGGCUUCAUCCUGACUUUGCCUUUGACGAAGAUCCAGACGAAAACGAAGCCGAGGAUACCGUUUUUGCCAUUAUCAAUGAUGAGGAACGCGCUUACAUGUUUCGUCGCCUCCAGGCCGUCCAGACAAACAAACUCGAUUUCAACCGUCACGACUACGUGGCAAUGCUAGUCGUCCAUUCGAUCGCGGAUAGAAAGGAAGAACGUGAAUUAGGAGUCGGUCACGAUGCGUGA